AUGCGGGAUCGGACCAUCGCCUCCCCCGAGGAAGAUUUUCAUUCACAAGGAAAGAAGAGAGAGGAGAGAGAACUAGCUGGCUUUUGGGAACACUCCACAAUGCACAACAUCGACGAGGAAUAUAACCGCGUGGAGCUGCAGGGAAGCAAGAACUCACGUCUGAGCUGGCAAGGCUAUGCAGAGAGGCGCCCAAUCUGCUUACUGUCCAUCAUCUACAAGCUCUUUACAAGAGUGAUCCUUAAUAGGACUGAAAAAGUCUUGGAUGAUGGACAGCCAUGCGAGCAAGCAGGGUUUCGAAAAGAAUUCGGCACGAUGGGCCACAUUCACACUGCUUCGAAACUCAUCGAGGUAUCACGAGAGUACAAGAUGCCGCUAUAUCUCACUUUCUUCGACUUGAAGAAGGCCUUCGAGCCAGUCAGAGUGAAGAUUGACGGUCGGCAGCUACACCAUUUCCACUUUAUUGGUGACAUCAUUCUCAUAACGUCUAGCAUCAGUCAAGCGGAAGGAAUGCUGACCGAAUUCGACGAAACAUGUAGAUGCAUGGGCCUUCAGCUGAAUCUCCAAACGAUGCUGUUCAUACGUAACGGAUGGGUCUCGGAUGCGACAUCCACGCUCAACGGAACGAACAUAUCCGAAUGCACCGGCUACGUUUAUCUGGGUCAGGAACUGAACAUGAUGAAAGACCUGACCCCCGAGCUGGGCAGGAGGAGAAGAGCGGUUUGGGGAGCGUAUAAGAGCAUGGAUGUGGAUGCGGAUGUAGUGAAGAAGACCAAGAACGCCCGGCUCACUGCUCACUUCUUCAACAGCACCACAUUUCUUGCUUUAGUCUAUGCUUCGGAAACCUGGUCAUUUCGCAACCAGGAAGAAAACGACGAGAAAGCAGUGAGCAUCAUUGUAGAUCCUCGAUGCUCUUAUACUGCUCCCCAAGCCGCUCGUCUCCUACUCCCCAGCUCGGGGGUCAGGUCGUUCAUCAUGUUCAUUUCCCAGUUGAAAGAGUGA